UGGCGGAGAGGUCGUGCUACUUGUAAACAGGGCAAUUUAUGUCGAGUUUGUGUCAUUAUCGGCGAUAACGUUGGCGUUUUAUUCAAUGAAUUAUCAGAAUUUAAGCUUAAUAAGUUGAAAAAUCUCAUCUAGUUUUUUUUUUCCGUCAACUUUUCUCCACAAAUGGCUUUCAUUGUUGUCUCAAAAAUAGUUGACUUGUUGAAUUGCGUGAUAGUGUAACUUUCCAACAAAAGUCAUUUUCAAGAAUUAUGGAAAAGUUUAAAGUGCUUUGCACCAAGGGUGACAGAGCGUUUAAAAAUGACCAGUUCCUUCAAGCUAUCAGUUUCUACUCAGAUGCCUUGUCCUUUUCGCCCAACGAUGAAGAUGUUCUUGGCUGCAGAUCAGCAGUGUAUGCCAAGUUAGGCAUGUUCAAUGAAUCCAAGAAAGAUGCAGAAAGUCUCAUAACUAUUAUUCCUCAAAAGCCAAAGGGGCACUUUUUGAGAGCUGUCUCACUUGAAAACCUUGGAAACUACAAGGAAUGUUUAAAGUCGUACCUCAAGGCUUAUGAACUGGACACAGCACACCCCACUGAGCUGCUGUUACAUAUUAUUGGAGCUGUUGGAUGCAUAUGUCAAAUGUCAGAGACAGAGGAGCUAACUCUCUCAGACCAAGGUACUGCAGGUUUUCAUAAAUUUGAGAGCUUUGUUCAACUUGGAAAACGGUUGCAUGAAACAGGAAAUUACAAGAUUUCCAUCAGUGUCAUUGCAACAGCUUUGCAAGCACAUUAUGGCUGGAAUGAGCAGCUAUUGUAUUCACAUGCAAGCAUAACAAACCUGCUUGGCAACACAGUUCUGAAGGAGACAGACGAGGAUGCUGCAAGUUACAGCCAUGUCGCUGAUGACUUACAAUCGACACUUCCCAAUCCAGCUGCUGGGUUUUCAUCUAUAUAUCUUCCAACUGGUAACCAUGAAUAUGAAGACGAGAGAGAAAGUGUGGAGAAUGAGGGACUUUCAUCACAGAAUGGCAGAACAGUGAUGUUGGCACUACUUAUCAUGAGUGAAUGUCAUUACUGCCUGUACCAUUACAGCAAGGCCCUUUCAGUCUCUAGAAGGUGUCUUUCCAUAGCUUUAUAUCUCAAGGACAAAGAAUAUGAAAUCAAGUCAUAUGUGAAACUUGCAAAUAUCUAUCACAGACUGGCACAGUAUGUCCAAGCGGUGUCUUACAAUGGGAAGUUGUUAGCCGUUGGGAGAGAUCUGCAAAACAGCAAUGAGGAUAGGGAAAAGUACCAGGAAUACUGGAACAGUGAUGUUGAAAGAAGAGCAGUGUGGAAUUUAUCUGCAGCCUACAAACUCAUGGGGGACUAUAAGAAAGCAUUGGAACAUGCACAGGAGUACAUGGAAGUGUUGAAGUUUGUUGAGCAGGAGAACCUAACUACAGCAUAUUCAAACCUUGGUGAUCUGGAACUCUUGCAAGGUAACUACGAAAAGUCUUUGGAAUGCCACAAAAUUGAACUGCAACUUUGUAAGAAGUUUGAUGAUCGCCAUGGUGCAGCUUAUGCCUAUGGUAAUAUUGGCACAGUGUAUGCAAACAUGGGGAGCUUUAAAUUGGCGGCUAUCAAUCACGAGCAGCAUCUGAAGCUUGCACAGAAUUUGAAUGAUAAAGUUUCAGAACUUUUGGCAUUUAGGGAUUUUGGAUUGUUGUAUAAACUUAUUGGCAAUCAUACUAAAGCUCUUGGCUAUUUUGAGCAGCACCUACACUUGGCCAGAGUAAACAAGAUGGAAGAACUUGAGUACAAGGCAAUCAGCCUGGUUGCCUCAUGCUACAGAGAACUGCAUCAGUUUCACCAUUCUCAGUAUUACUAUGAAAUGUGUUUGAAGUUGGCUGUGGAGUACAAUGAUUUAGAAGAAGAGUUGGAGUACAGUCUUGCUCUUGCACAGAUAACGAAAUCCAUGAGAAAUUUUGAAAGCUCUCAGCAUUACUUCAACAAGGCUAUUCCAGUCUUGGAAGACAAGUUGCUGUCAAAGUAUGGAAGGAGUUUAAUUUACAAGGACCCUCUCAUUGAAAAACUGGAUCAGUGUCACAAGGACUUGCAAGAGGCCUUAAUUGAAAUGAAUUUAGUUGAGGAAUCAUUAGAAAUUGCUGAACAUUGUAGGUCAAGAGUUCUUGUUAACAUUUUAAGACAUAAGAUUAUUCUAGCUAGGGCGGAGUCGUCGACUUCUUCACCUUCGUCUGAACCACUUGUCACACCAUACUCAGCAAAGGAUAUCAUGAGCAUUGUUAACUCUCAAAAAGCAACAUUGUUACUUUUUUCUACAAUUCCUUCUGGUUUUCUCUUGUGGAUGCUAUCCCCUGGGAAGGGCAUCGUGAAAUGUCACUGGCAUAGGAGCUGUGAUCAUUCCAGCUUUGAAAACAAAAUUAAAUUGUGCAUUGAAGAGCUUCACAGCACCUGCAAGGAAAGCUACAAUUGUGACCAUCGGGCACUACCAGAUGCAGUCAUGUCAGGAAAACUCAGUGCGUCAUCAGAUGAAGAGAAGAGCAAGAAAUCCUGCUACUUGUGUGAGUUCCUUCACUCUUCUAAACUAACACCUCUUCAAAAGUUGCAUCAUUUGCUUUUGAGUCCUGUUGACAAUGAGCUGAAGACUGAGCUUGGAGGUGGUGUCUAUGAACUUGUGAUUAUUCCAGAUCUGGAAGUCAAUUCAGUUCCUUUUCCUUGUUUGCAAGACCAAGAAGGAAAGUACUUGCAUGAAGAAUUCAAUGUCCGCAUUCUACCUUGCAUUAGAGCAAUGUCACAGGAAACCAAAGCCACUACUCAGUCGUCCCAUGAUGGAAACCAAGUGCCAGAUUCCCCAAAGAUCCUUGUGCAAGGAAAUCCAGAGAUUGCAAGUGUAGAUUUAAACGGAAAAAUCUGGAGUCCCAAGAAACAAUCAGAUCUGGCAGAAGAAGAGGUGAACACAAUUGCUUCACUGUUAGGGGUGGAUCCAAUUAGUGGUUGCCAAGCAACCAAGGAACACUUCUUGAAGAUGUUGCCUGAAGCAUCUGUCGUUCACUUAGUGACAUAUGGAAGCUGGCCAGAUGCGUGCAUUGCUCUGUCUCCUGAUUCCCAUCACCAUGGCAACCCUCCAUCAGAAGAGUCAUUCUUGGUUACACUGUCAGACAUUGCUCUGUUAAAACUGUCAGCCAAGGUUGUUGUGCUGAAUGCAUGUUGUGGAUGCAGCCAUCAGUAUUGCCAGUUAAAGCAUGCAAGCCUCCAUUUUGCGACAGCUCUCCUGGCAGCAGGCAUACAGUCUGUGGUGAUGCCAUUAUGGUCUGCCCCUCAGUCCUCACUCUUAAACCUGUUUUACCAGUUUUACUCUGGUUUGGAAAUGGGUAAGACUAUCAGCAAAUCUUUGAAGGAGGCCUGGACCCAAGUGAGAAGUGUAGAGCACAUGUCAUCCCCAUACUCCUGGGCGUCAUUUGUCCAUGUUGGAUUUGACACUCCAGUCAAUUUAAUGAAUUUGAGACAUCAGCUGUUUGAUGGGGUACUGGAUCGAGUGGUGAAAAGUUCUUCACCCGAGAGGUUUCCUCUUGUCACGGCAGAAACACUGGACAGCAAAGUUCCUUCAGUUAUGGUUAAAAUGAGGAGAUUCCAGGAAUUACUUACACAGCUCCUGCAGCAACACAGUGCUCUGUCUCAUGUGCUGCCAGCUCUCAAGGAUGUGGUACAGUUGGCGCAUCAAAUGCUGUUAUCGUAUCAGCAUCCUGAGCUCCUUUUGACGGAGGACUUUACCAUGUGUGCACAGCUCAGCUCCUGUGUCUUAGAGGCCUCUUAUGUCAAAGAGUUCAUGGCGUUCCUAGGAUUCGACUUCCAAAAAGAUGGCGCGCAUGACAAAGAUCCAUUUGUUGUGUUUCCCCAUUGGGACCCUGACGGGACUCUGGCCAUGACGUCACAAGUUCUACAAGCUAUUUGUGAUAUUCUAAAGGUGUCUUCGAGCGGAGGUUACACCUUAGCGAGGAUAACAAACACCUUGAAGAAAAACACCAUGGAGAAACUCAGAGAAUUUUUAAGCCUCAGUAGCCGUUAUCCGGAGCGGAUCAUGAAGACCAGUGACUUUGUACUUCGUUCUCUGUGGUACUGUUCUGAGCUACAACGCUUUCUCGCCUCACUGGGUUUCUAUGAAGUAGGACAGUCACUGCUGUUUAACAAGACUGAAGGAAACCAGAUCUUACUGAGGUCCACUCUGGUCGUAGUCUCAUCGAUGCUAGAUUACAUCGGGAAAGGAAAUACACGGACACGUUCUUCCCUACGUGAGUCUCGAUCUUCAGGCGGACGGUCUGUCAAACUAGCUUCUCUCUCGCCCCAGCUCACCCCAUCCAAACAGAUCGUAAUGGAGACACCAUGGAUGUCAACAAGAGCGGGUAGCAGUGAGAAUGAGUUAAAGAUGGGUCUUGCAAGAGAAUUGGAAGGAAUCAAUAAAGAGUUCGCUGGUCAUGCGACAAGAUCGAAUUACUGGCAUGCUCAGUUACUGCGGGCUCAGUCUGCUCCCGGUUCAAAACUUCCAGUAAUUGGCGGCAAGACUCCGAACGAGGCUUCGGAAAAAGCGCGAACCGCGCAAAAGGCGGGAAAAGUGAAGGUGCUGGCCGGCAUGACACCGUCUUGCAACCGAAAGCCCAUAGGGGAGGAGCUAAGGCUGUCAAUCAAUGACACCAGAGAGAGGCGAAACGAGAUCUACAGAAUUUAUGCUCAGCGGUUUGACGAUAUUGCCAUGCACAAGCGACAUAAGGUCCGACAGCUGUUCAUGUCUCAGAUUGAGGAUCAUGGAUAAAAAACUUCGGGUUCUUUAUGGAAUGUGUUUGUUUACCUUCAUUACAGUUGCUAUGCAAACUGGUUAUUUAUAAACAAAACGUUAUGUGUUGUUGAUACUUCGAACUCUUUCAAAUUCAAUUCAUGAUAGAAAAUAGAAACAAUAAAAGUGUGAUUGACAGUUUUGCUUUUUAUCUCUCUCCCGUUGUUUCGAUGUUUCGAAAAGUGUCGGCAAAUCUUCGGAGUCCCCGAGGUGUUUCUAACUCCAAUUAGAAAACAGUUUGAACAAUCGUUCAUUUCCUACAUUGUCAUGUCAACAUGGCACCGCUUAUCAUACAAACCGCUGGCUCAGUCAGUUGUCCACUAAGAUAGAUGCUUGCACGGCUCUGAGAAUUGAUGGAGUGACUGGAAAUCGCUGCAUUUUUUUUUCCCAGACUUUCUCCGAAAAACCGACCGAGUCGUUAAGGUCGUCGAUUCAACCGCCGUUGUAAUGGUAA